AUGCCGUCCCAUUACACACCAAAGCGCAUCCUUAAGAAACAGCCCUCCCAGCAGGAACACAGUAAAAUGGAGGAUUGGGCGCCAGGAAACCUAAGCGAGUAUGGCAACAUUGAGAGUGACGCCACCAUCUUAGCAAAGCAUCAGGCUCCGAGCUCGAAACCCGUUAAACAAGGAGGGUAUACAGCCCCUAACGGAACUCAUCUCUCCGACCACGAACUAGCUAAAUUCUCAAAUGGCAUUGAAGAUCCGGAGUCGAAGUGUGUGACAUACUUUCAGCCUUGCUUCAUCGAGGAUCCCUGGAAGGAUCUCCAAUCUGUGAAGAUGAAAUUCAAUACGCGCUAUUGGUGA